UUUACAAUUAAGGAAAAGCUGUACAGAGAAGGAAGUUAAUGGUACCCUUCACUCCAAAUCAUCAAGGCAAAGCAACAACAAUAAAAUAUAACAACUGCCCUUGCUCAAAAUAAAAUAAAAGAACUUAAAUAAAAAACAAAAAAGCCCAAGUCUUACAAAUAAAGGCUCAGUGGACCAUCAAAGCCUAGGAAGCCCUUCAUAAUAUAUAUAUAUAUAUAUAUUAAUAUAAACACACAUUUAUAAUACUAAGAAUGGUCUAUCUCAACAGAAUUCCUCGAGUUAUUCAAGUGUUCCAUAUUAUGUAAUAUAAGGACAGUAAGUUGUCUGUUUGUGCCAAAACCUUCCAUCAUAUUCUUUUGAAAGAGUACUAAAAGGUAGUAUAUAUCCAUGACUAAACUACUUGUGGCUCUAGUUAUGAUCCUCCAAUGUUGCUUCACUUCUAGCACCACAUCCCACCCAUUGGACCCUCUUACCCCAACUGAGUUUAACCAAAUACGACACAUAAUUCAGAAGUCUCACCUGGGUUCUCUUCCUAAUCUGACUUUUCACUUCGUUGAUGUCCAUGAACCAGAGAAGGAAGAUGUCCUCAAAUGGCUAUCUUCAAAUGGUAAACACCCUAGUCCUCCGCGCCAGGCCAAGGUGGUGGCUCGAGCUGAAGGUCAGACACAUGAGCUCGUCGUUGACUUUUCCACUAGCUCAAUACCAUCAGACCAAAUCUAUACUGGUCAUGGUUUCCCUCCUUUCACCUUCAUCGAGCUUUUCCGAGCUAGCCAACUACCUCUAAACUAUCCCAAAUUCAAAGACUCAAUUUCCAAAAGGGGUUUGAAUUUGUCUGAAGUUUCUUGUGUACCAUUUACAGCUGGUUGGUUUGGGGAGCAUAUCAGCAGAAGAACUCUCAAAGUUGGAUGCUUUUACAGAGGAGGAACCUAUAAUGUCUGGUCAAGGCCUAUAGAAGGAAUAUUCAUGUUCGUCGAUGUUGAUUCGAUGAAGAUAUUAACAUACAGCGACAGAUUCAGAGCCCCGUUGCCUAAAGCAGAAGGCACCAGUUUCCAAUCCGAAGGAAAGAAGUCAAAUUCUCAGUCAGGCAAUUCAACAAACAAGUCAUUUGCAAUAGAAGGUAAUAAAGUCAAAUGGAAUAACUGGGUUUUCCAUGUUGCCUUUAACGCUCGAGCUGGUGUAAUCAUAUCAGCAGCGUCAAUUUUCGAUCCCACAAACAGAAAGUUCCGUCAAGUCCUGUACAGAGGACAUGUAUCAGAGACCUUUGUACCGUACAUGGAUCCAACAAAAGAAUGGUAUUUCAGAACUUUCAUGGACAUUGGCGAAUUUGGGUUUGGAAGAUCAGCUGAUACCCUUCAACCAUUGAUUGAUUGCCCAGAAAAUGCAGAGUAUUUAGAUGGGUUCAUGGCUGGACCUGAUGGGCAGCCUCAAAAAGUCUCAAGACCCAUUUGCAUCUUUGAAAGGUACUCCGGCGACCUUGCUUUUCGACAUACAGAGAUUAACAUUCCCGGGAAAGUGGUGAGAAGUGGUCAACCAGAAAUAAGCUUGGUGGUGAGGAUGGUAGCUACGGUGGGAAACUAUGAUUAUGUUCUCGAUUGGGAAUUUAAACAAAGUGGUAGUAUUAAAGUUGGGGUGGAUUUGACAGGUAUUUUGGAAAUGAAGACAACGCCGUACACAAAUAACGAACAAAUUAACGGAAAUGUGUACGGAACAUUAGUAUCUGAAAACACCGUCGCAAUUAACCACGACCACUUCCUCACCUAUUAUUUGGACCUGGAUGUUGAUGGAAACGACAACUCUUUCGUUAAAGCUAAACUCAAAACGACAAGAGUUGGUGGCGCCACGACAUCUCCACGGAGGAGUUAUUGGACGGUCGUUAGUGAAACCGUUAAAAGUGAAGACGAGGCUAGGAUUCGACUUGGCGUGGAGCCAGCCGAGCUAUUGUUUGUGAAUCCGAAUAAGAAAACGAGGCUUGGGAAUCACGUGGGUUACCGGCUGGUCGCCGGGAAACCGGCUAGCGCCCUUAUGGCCGAUGACGAUUACCCCCAGAUUAGAGCGGCCUAUACUAAGUACCAAGUCUGGGUGACUGCCUAUAACAAGUCAGAAAGGUGGGCUGCUGGGUUCUAUAGUGAUGGAAGCCACGGUGAUGAUGGCUUGGCCGUUUGGAGCCAGAGGAAUAGAGGUAUUGAAAACAAGGAUAUAGUAAUGUGGUACACAGUGGGAUUUCAUCACAUUCCAUGCCAAGAAGACUUCCCCUCAAUGCCCGCACUUCAUGGUGGAUUUGAGCUCCGACCAGCUAAUUUCUUUGAGAGCAAUCCAUUAUUAACUCCUAAUAAUCUUAAAACACCCACCUAGCUAAUCCCUUUUUAAUUAAUGAUUACGUAUAUUAAUUAAAGUCAACCUUAAUGAUUCUUUCAUAUUCAACUCUACACCUCCUUUCAUCACUAUUUUUUAUUUUCACGUUCUUCAUUCGUAUAUUAUUUAAUCGAACUUGAUGUAAUUCUUCAUAUUAGUUGAAAAAUAAAUAUAUAUAUUUAUAAUAAAA